AUGGAAGAGAGUGACGUCAAGAACAGCACGGCUGUUGACACGUCACCGCUGUACAUCAGCGAGGAGGUAUUAGCCGUCUUCACCCUCGUCAGCAACUGCUCCAUCCUCCUCGUCAUCUCCUUCUUCGGCGUCGUCUUCAACAUCAUCAACAUGGCCGUCUUCACCCAGAUGGGCCUCACCGACCCUGUCAACAUAACCCUGCUGGGUCUGGCGCUGUCCGACAUGGGCGCGUGCCUGAUGCUCAUGCUGUUGGGCGUCUUCUCUCACCCCACCAUCUCCCUGCAGUACGGCGUCUACGGCUACUUCAUGAGCUGGCCUCACAUCGGCUUCAGCCGUGUCUCUAGCUGGUUGACUGUCUACAUAACAUUCGAGCGAUACAUCUGCAUCGCGUUUCCUCUCAAAGUGAAGCGUAUUAUCACAACCGCACGUACUGUAAUGAUUGUUAUUUCUAUUUUUUCAAUCUUCGCCGCCAGUGUAACCCCGGCGCUUUUAGUUCUAAGAAUCGUGGAGUACCCUAUAUCCGGAACAAACCUCACCUACGUAUACUUGGGCUACACGCCAGACGGGCGAGAAGUGGAGAAUGUCGCCGUGACCUUCAACAACAUCGCCUUGUUUCUCUCCUUCCCUAGUGUCAUCGUCUGCACUAUCCUAAUCGUCAUCAAGCUCAACGCUAAAACAAAAUGGCGGAGUGAAUCCUCUUCGUCGUCAAAAAACGAAUCGGUAACUCUCAGAGACAAAAAGGUUGUCAAAAUGGUUACCUUUCUUGCCUGUAAUUUUAUCCUGAGUUACAUCCCCGCGGUGGUUGCGACUAUUGGGAUGGUCAGUACCAGCGAUUACAGCGCUUUGGGUAGUUUCAGCCGUUUUUUCUCGGUCAGCUGGUCGCUGAUCUUCUGCAUCGAGUCGACUAACUCGGCCGUCAACAUCUUCGUCUACCUGAAGAUGAGUUCAAGGUACAAGUCCGUGUUCCUGGCCAUGUUUGGGUUCAAUGUCCAAGUACCACGUGCUCAGGCUGAUUGA